AGUCCUCGGGCCCCGCACCCGGCCCGCGCAGGGGAGGCCGUCGCGCGGUGAGGGAGUCGGGCCGCUGCAGGGUCUGCUUGGUCUACCAUGAAAGGCUCGAGGGUUGUCAGCAGUGUCCCUGAGGGAAGCCCAGAAGGCGUGGAUCUGAGUCUGAUUGGCCUUCCUCCUCCCAUGUCCCAGCGUCCUAGCAGUGCCUCCACCACCAAAACCCUUGUCCGCUCUGUCUCUGUGGCAACAGGCAGUGAGCCAAGAAAGAAGGCACUGGAAGCCUCAGGACCUGGGGGCUCCCGGGCUAUCAACAACCUUCGAAGAUCUAACAGCACCACGCAGGUCAACCAGCCAUGGACUGGCUCCCCCAGAUGCAGACCAGCGGAGCCCUCUGACUUCCUGAUGCUCUUUGAAGGUGGCGCUGCUGGGAGGAAGAGGGUGGCCAGUCUGAGCAAGGCAUCCACUGAGAAGGGAGCCACAUGGAAUGCCCUGGAUGACCAGUCCAGGGACUUCUCCUUGCUGGCCAGGGUCCAGAGUUCCAGUGUCCUCAACUCCCCGGUGGGCCCACAGAAAAAGGAGUGUGUCCUCGCACCCAGCUUCACUGCUAACAACAGGAGCAACAAGGGAGCUGUGGGCAACUGUGUCACCACCAUGGUGCAUAACAACUAUGCCCCCUCCAAGAAGGCGCCGUCCCCCAAGAGCUCCAACCAGAAGGCCCCCUCUCUCAACAACAUCAUUAAGGCAGCGGCCCGUGAGGGCAGCGAGGGCACCAAUGUCAGGAAGCCUCGGAAGAACUUCUCUAGUGGCAGCCACACAGCCCAAGACACCACUGGUGGAAGCUCUGCUGGCCUGCUCAGACGAAAGGAGGUGACCGAAGAGGAGGCUGAGAGGUUUAUCCUCCAGGUAAACCAGGCUGCAGUCACCAUCCAACGCUGGUACCGCCACCAGGUGCAGCGGCGCCAAGCGGGAGCAGCAAGCCUCAAGCACCUGCUCGCGGUCAAGAGAGAGGAACAACAUCAGCGAUUGAGUGGCGGGAAUCUUCUAGAUGUACACCGACAGGAAGAGGCGGCAAGGAGGAAAGCUCGGGAGGAGAAGGCCCGCCAGGCCAGGCUGGUGGCUAUUCAGGAGCUACAGCAGAAACGAGCCCAGAAGGCAGGUGAGGCUGAGCACAGGCUACCUAAAGAGAGUCCAGAGAAGAGAGCACUGCGCCAUCCACGGCCCACUCAGGAGACACCCUUGAUACCUGGUGCUGACCACCAGCUCCUCAAGGCCAACAAUGCUGGUACCAGCAUCCGCCCCACAGGCCCCAGAGAGCCCCGACCUCCUGCCAUGGAGUCGUCCCCAGAUCCCCGGCAGUCUCCGGAGGACAAGCUGCAGGAUGUGUGUUCCCAGGACAUGGCCAGGGAGGGUGUGGAGAUGGUGGAUCCUGCCAGUAGUAGGACCAGGACCAGGGCCAGGGCUAGGGCCAGAGCCACCUUUGAUGAGCUGUUGGAUACCCUGAGGCUGUUGGAAGAGGAGCCUGACCCACUGCCCUGCCCCAGGCCCUAUCACAAAGACAAAUAUGCCUGGGUUGAUGAGGAGGACGACACCAGCUCCCUGACAGCUGACAACCUAGAGAAGUUUGGGAAACUCAGUGCGCCCCCUGGCCCUCCUGACGACAGGACUCUGCUCUCAGAGGCCAAGCUGCAGAGUAUAAUGAGCUUCCUGGAUGAGAUGGAGAAGUCGGAACAGGACCAGCCAACACUUCAGCGGGAGCGCCUGGUGCUGGAGGUGGGGGAGGGGCUGCCGGAGCCUGUGUCCGAGGGCAGCACGUCUAUGAUGCGUCUGAGGCUGGAGGUAGAGGAGAAGAAGCAGGCCAUGGUGCUGCUGCAAAGAGCGCUGGCACAACAGCGAGACCUCACCAUCAAGAGGGUCAAGGAAACAGAGAGGGAGCUGAGCCGGCAGCUACGACAGCAGAAGGAGCACUAUGAGGCCACCAUCCAGCGCCACUUGUCCUUCAUUGACCAGCUGAUUGAAGACAAGAAGGCUCUUGGGGAGAAGUGUGAGGCGUUGGUGGCUGAGCUGAAGCAGGGGGACCAACAGAGUCGGGAGCACAUGGCCCAGAUGCAGGAGCAGCAUGAGCUGGAGAUUAAGAAACUCAAGGAGCUCAUGAGUGCCGCUGAGAAAGUCCGCCGCGAAAAGUGGAUUAACGAGAAAACCAAGAAAAUUAAGGAGGUCACUGUGAGAGGUCUGGAGCCUGAGAUUCAGAAGCUCAUCGCAAAGCACAAGCAAGAGGUGAAGAGGCUCAGGGGCCUACAUGAGGCCGAGCUGCAGCAGCGGGACCAGCAGGCUGCGCAGCGCCACCUGCGCCAGGCAGAGGAGCUUCGCGAGCACUUGGAGCGGGAGAAGGAGGCGCUGAGCCAGCAGGAGCGCGAGCGCGCCCAACAGCGGUUUGAGCAACACCUGGAGCAGGAGCAGCGGGCCCUGGAGCAGCAGCGCCGGCGGCUCUACAACGAGGUGGCCGAGGAGAAGGAGCGGCUGGAGCAGCAAGCAGCCAGGCAGCGAGCAGAGCUGGAGGAGAGCAGCGCGGCGCUGACCCGGGCCCUGAGGGCUGAGUUCGAGAGGGGCCGGGAGGAGCAGGAGCGGCGGCACCAGGUUCAUGUCCUCCUUGGAGCCCUGUGCAAAGUCUGGCCUCCGACAGAGCUGAAGGCCCUGAAGGAGCAGCUGGAAGCUGAGAGACAGGCAUGGGUGGCCAACUGUGCCAAGAAGGAGGAAGCAUGGCUGCUUAACCGGGAGCGUGAGUUGAAGGAGGAGAUCCGCAGAGGCCGGGACCAGGAGAUUGAAUUAGUCAUCCGCAGGCUGGAGGCUGACAUGUCAGUGGCCAAGGAGGAGAGUGAGAGGGCAGCUGAGAGCCGUGUCAAGCGUGUGCGGGAUAAGUAUGAGACAGAGCUCUCUGAGCUGGAACAGUCGGAACGGAGGCUUCAGGAGCGGUGCACCGAACUGAAGGGGUGCCUUGGGGAAGCCGAGGGGGAGAAGGAGCGCUUGCAGGCCCUGGUGCGGCAGAAAGACAAGGAGCUGGAGGACAUGCGGACGGUGAAUACACAGCUGUGUGGCGAGCGUGGCAACCUGACCCAGGUUGUCCGCCAGGAAUUUGCUGAUAGACUGGCGGCUUCCGAAGAGGAGAACCGGCAGGUGAAGGCCGAGCUGGCCGAGCUGCGGGCCCGUCAGCAGCUGGAACUGGACGAGGUGCAUCGGAGGGUGAAGGCGGCACUCGCGAGGAAAGAGGAGGCUGUCAGCAGCCUACGGAGACAGCACGAGGCUGCUGUGAAGCGGGCUGACCACCUGGAGGAGCUUCUGGAGCAGCACAGACGGCCACCCCCGAGCAUGAAAUGACGCCACCCAGAGGCUGGAAAAUUAAAUGAGAAGCAGUCUGUAGUUGGUGCCCAAGCCAUGUCCCACCUCGAUGCAGGGCUAAGGGUGGGACACCUGCUGUUGGGAGGGGCGACCCUCACAGAGCCCUAGUGCUCAGGACACCAGGCAACAUGCCUAUAGAUGUGUUUUGUAGUUUAAAAAA